AUGGCAUUCUUUGACGCACCCCUGGGAAGCACUGGGACACCGCCGAGAUGCUUCUCGUUUCACCAAUCGUUACUCCAAGUGCCAGGCCGGCUUCGACUCCCCUCCCCUUCCAAAAGAUGCAAAGUCACACCAUUAGCUGAACCCUCGUCUGCGAAGAAAAAUCGCGCUCAUUACGAGCACCGCUUCUGCAAAAGUUUGUCUAGAGACUGUCCAGCGGUCGAGCUUCCCAAAUCCUCUCGGAUGGCCCUCUUUUACCCCUCAAGCUCGGAUUGGUAA